AUGCAUAUAUCAUUAGAUAGUAGCUGUCGCUUUCAAAUAAAUGUCGAGUAAAAAGUCGAAUGUUUCCCUGUUAAAGUGCUCGACUGUCUUCAUUCUUGUUUUUGAGGUUUCGUGCUGCCUCAGCUCUUUUCUUUUUAAGCUGUUCUCCCUUCAACUCCAGUUGUCAAACUAUUCUCAGUCACCCACUCCCACUCCUCUCUCUCUCUCUCUCUCUCUCUCUCUUUCUGUCUCUCUGCCUCCUUUUCCUUCCUCAUUCAUUUGUAACACCGAACGAGACUCGACACGUCACGCCGCCCGUUCAGCUCUGCUUCCUCUUCACGCUUCUCUGUUCCCUUUCGCUCCAAAAACUCGGCGCCGAUCCACACGUUACGGCACGGAUGGAUUAGUCGGCGUUCAUAUGUGUACUUGUGUGUAGAUGUGUGACAGCGGAGUGUGUGAGGACAAGCCCCCCGCCCCCCCUGUCAGGAUGAGCAGCCAAGGAGGAGGACCCAAAGACUCGCAGUCAGCCAAUCACAGCUCUCGGCCGCUGCCGUCUGUGCCGGAGGAGAGAUCGAAGUCCAGAAACAAGAUCAUCUCCAUGUUUGCCUCUGAGAAAGGAGGCAGGAAGAAAGACAAGGACAAGGACAGGCCUGAGAUCUCCUCGCCGUCAGACUUUGAACACACCAUCCAUGUGGGUUUUGAUGCUGUCACCGGAGAGUUCACUGGCAUGCCUGAGCAGUGGGCCCGUCUCCUUCAAACCUCCAAUAUUAGUAAAUCAGAACAGAAACAGAAUCCUCAGGCCGUCCUCGACAUUCUCAAGUUUUACGACUCCACCAGUGGAAAACAGAAAUACCUCAGUUUCUCUGCUUCGGACAAAGACUCGCAAUCGCAAGGCAAGCAGGGCGCAGCGACCUCCCCGUCCGGCAAAGAUGGAGACGACGACGAUGAUGACGAUACACCGCCUCCAGUUGUGGCACCACGGCCAGAACAUACAAAAUCAAUGUACACAAGGUCGGUGAUAGAUCCAAUCCCAGCACCGGAGAGCGACGCCGCCUCUAAAGCAGCUGACAGACAGAAGAAGAAGGGAGGCAAGAUGACCGACGAGGAGAUCAUGGAGAAACUCAGAACUAUUGUCAGUAUUGGAGAUCCUAAGAAGAAAUACACUCGCUAUGAGAAGAUCGGCCAGGGGGCAUCUGGCACAGUUUACACAGCCAUAGAUGUUGCCACAGGACAGGAGGUGGCCAUCAAACAGAUCAACCUGCAGAAGCAACCAAAGAAAGAGCUAAUUAUUAACGAGAUCCUGGUCAUGAAGGAGCUGAAGAACCCCAACAUCGUCAACUUUGUAGAUAGUUUCCUCGUAGGAGACGAGCUUUUCGUGGUGAUGGAGUACCUGGCCGGUGGCUCGCUAACUGAUGUUGUGACGGAGACGUGCAUGGAUGAAGCUCAGAUCGCUGCCGUCUGCAGAGAGGUCCUCCAGGCUCUGGAGUUUCUUCAUGCCAACCAGGUCAUCCACAGAGACAUCAAGAGUGACAAUGUCUUGCUGGGGAUGGAUGGAUCAGUCAAACUCACUGAUUUCGGCUUCUGUGCCCAGAUCACUCCAGAGCAGAGCAAACGUAGCACCAUGGUGGGGACCCCGUACUGGAUGGCUCCAGAGGUGGUAACCAGGAAAGCCUACGGACCCAAAGUGGACAUUUGGUCUCUGGGGAUCAUGGCCAUAGAGAUGGUGGAGGGAGAACCUCCAUAUCUUAAUGAAAACCCUCUCAGGGCAUUAUAUUUAAUCGCCACCAAUGGGACGCCUGAGCUGCAGAGUCCAGAGAAGCUGUCCCCUGUCUUCAGAUCCUUCCUGUCCCGCUGUCUGGAGAUGGACGUGGAGAAACGUGGAUCAGGCAGAGAACUGCUGCAGCAUCCAUUCCUGAAGCUGGCCAAGCCUCUGUCCAGCCUCACUCCGCUCAUCCUGGCAGCCAAGGAGGCCAUGAGGAGCAACCGCUAAAUCCCUGAAGAGCACAAGUGCUAAUAUCAAUGAGAGCCAAAUCAGCCAUCAUCUUCUACUGGUCUACGUAUGAUGACCAUCAGCAGCCUGCUAGUGUUUUAUGUUUUUUUUCAUAAGGUCACAAAAUGCCUCUCCACCCUUCUCAGUGUUUCUGCACUCAUGCCACACUUAUCUCUGUGCCUUGUUCUACAGCUGCACACAGCCGUAAUGUUUGUUUUGCUGUCAUAGCGUGAGUGUGAUAUUGAUGUCCACGCUGGUUAUGCGUGUCAGGAAUGCGGGAUCAGCGCUGCAAAGGUUUAAGACUCUUUCCACACCUGAGUGUUUUGUUCACAAAGGAUCUUAUCUUAUCUUACCACCAGGAGGCGCUAAAAGUUCGGCUGUUCACAAAAGCGAAGAGAAGAGGCGCUAUUGGCCCCUUUACUAAGUUACUGGAUGACAGGUGACUGGUCUGUGUCAGUGAAAUAAUGUAUUAAGGCUUCCAACAAAGAUAUUCCAAGUUCUUCAGCGAUGCAAACUGCAUUUGUUGAAGCAUUGGACUGUUAUUAACUCGCCCACCAUCAAAGUGUACUUUUAUAAUUUAUUAUCAUAUUUAUUGGUGCAUUACUGGCAGCAGAUAGUGACCUCUGUCCUCGGUGAAUUACUUAGACUAGUGUGGACAGACACGGCCCUAAUUUAUCAGUAUCUUCUUACUCGUGUGGUUCGCAGGUAUUUUUUUUAGCUUGAGGAUGUUUUGUUUAUACGUAAAUCGUUUUAAUUUUGUAUAUCAGAUCCAAGAUUUACGAAAUAAGACAUGGAGAUCAUGAGGAUUUUUACAAUUUUGGUGUGCGGAGAGAGACUAAAACCUUUGCAGCCGGUUUCUAUGGUUGCUGUUGCUGUGGUUACACAUGUGCAUUCUGACAGGGUCCAAGAGUUUUUGGCAAAUUGGCAUGAAAGGCUGAAGUGUAUCAAUACUGUGCUGUACUGUGGCCCAGCGUUGGACAGUGCAGUCUUUGUGCAGUGGGAAAAAAAAAGCCAUAUCUGUGUGUCAGUGUCUGGCUGAAAAAUGAAGCCAUCCCAGUAAAAGGAAGAAGAUUUAAGUCUGUUUUUGGGGCAUGACGUUUUGAAUUAUUCCAGAUUUCAACCCACUGGCAGCACCAAAACACACUAUCCCUAACCUGAGUGAGACGUCAUACACCUCUGCUAUCAAACUCUAUUCUACAAACUAUGCAAAGCCAUCUGAACACUCUGAUGUUUACUGCAUCAAAAACUGCCUUGAAUCUUUGAGCUUACUCAAUCUAAAAGUCACAUUUCUGUCACUAUUCUCGAUGUUCUGUUUGUCUUUAGCGAUACCUUUUAUGCCUUACUGUCGGUGCGUUGGUGCGAGUACAACACAAAUACUGUGUGAAAUCGUCUGUCUGAAUGUGUUGAACUGGAGGAAGACUUUUUUUUUUUGUAUAUUAUGUACUGGUGAUGUCCUGUAUUUUUAACAGCUCUUACAAAGUAUGUGUAUCAUUGUUUUAUAUUUGUAACUAACACAACAGAAGACAAAUUAGUUUUUUUCAACUUGUUGUUUUCUACCAAUUCAUCCUCAGUUCACUGAACUGUGCAUUUAUGGACUCAAACCAUAAAAUGUAUUGAUAAGCCUGAGACAUUCAAGCCCGACCUCAGAGUCAAGCAGUAUUUGGAAAUCAUUAUUUUAAUCCUCUUGGAGUACCAAAUGAGAUUGGUUUAACACCUAAUUUUCCAGCAAGUUUAGACAAUCACUGGAAAGCAUUUCAAAAUGUUUAUUAAAUGUGCCUUUAACAGAUGUAUGAUGCAGUGAAGCCCGCUCGUAUGGUACUCAACAGGUUGACACAAAUACUGAGUGCUUGGAAAUACUAUUAACAGGCUGGAAUACCCUGUUGUGUGGCGUUUGACCAGAACACACAUUCCAGUUAUACAUUUAAGAUGAAUGAUCGCAGAGUUCACAAUGAAUGUGUUGUUGUUCAUCAUGAAACCGUGGCGUUGAAUAAAAUCCAUACAGUAUGUAAAUUAUUAUUAAAGGUGGACCUGAAUAGU